AGAAGAAACGCAGAGAACGGUGAAGGAAGAGAAAACAAUGGAGGCAAGCUCCGAAGAAAAAGAAGAGAAAGCGGAAUUUGAAGAAGCGGAGAUAGAGUAUGUGAGCUAUGGAGGCGAGCAUCACCUGCCUCUGAUCAUGAGCUUGGUCGAUCAAGAACUCAGCGAGCCAUACUCCAUCUUCACCUACCGAUAUUUCGUCUAUCUUUGGCCCCAACUCUCCUUCCUCGCUUUUCACAACGGUAAGUGCGUGGGAACCGUGGUCUGCAAGAUGGGAGAACAUAGGAACACUUUCAGGGGCUACAUUGCCAUGUUAGUUGUAAUCAAGCCUUAUCGUGGAAGAGGCAUUGCCACUGAACUGGUUACCAGAUCCAUUAAAAUGAUGAUGGAAUCAGGGUGUGAAGAGGUUACACUUGAAGCAGAAGUAACAAAUAAAGGAGCACUGGCACUUUAUGGCCGUCUUGGUUUUAUAAGGGCAAAACGGCUUUUUCACUACUACUUGAAUGGAGUUGAUGCUUUCCGGUUGAAGCUAUUGUUUCCUCGCCAAGAGUUACACCCUUCCCUGCCCAUGUCAACAAACGUAUAUGCAGUUCAUGAAAACAAUGAUCUAGAUACCACUUGAAGAAUGUGCGAGUGUUCAUCAAGGCUUGUGAUUUAAACUUUAGAUUUCACAGUUAGGGGUGCACAUCUGUUGUAUUUUUAACCCUUAAAGUUGUUUAUACACUCAAUGCUAGUGUUGGUUUUUUUUUUUCUAAUGGAUAGUGAGUACGUAAUUGAAACUUUGAUUAAGUUUCUUUAUGUUA